GUCGCUUGUGAAGCGCGUCUCGUGUCACCGAUAUCGUAGGUCAAACGACCCUUAAAAUCAUCUCCAUCAAUGAGAAUUGUCUCGAACGUUUACCUCUCGGCACUCGUCCAACAAAUAUCGAGUCAAGGAAUCGUGGAACGAGUGAAAGUUUUAAAAAAAAUCAGAAGAUCUUUUAUCCUGAGUUAUAUUAUCAUCGAAAGAUUUUAAUUAUUAAGGAUUUGUUAUUUCUACGCUUGCUAUAUUUUUUCCAAUUUUUGAAUUUUAUCGAUCAGUACGAUUAGUUUUUGGAAUCGUAAAAAAAAAAAAAAAAAAAAAUCAUAGAUGUAACGAUUUCAGACAGAAAGUUUGCCUCGCGGAAAUCCAUUUGUAUCGCGUGUUCGAAAUUGGCAUAAAGUAUAUAUUGUAGAAUUUUCGUAGCGUGGUGUGGUGGGGCUGGUUGUUUUUCUUUCUGUUUGGUAGUUCGGCACCCGGUCUCGGCACGCGUUUCAGAACGGGUAAUAGUGGGUAUCAUUCGAAAUCGCGUUACCAAUAAAUAUUAUAUCGUUGUGAGAAAUAUUCAUUCUCGAGACGCGAUACCAUCGAUCAUUGUAAUGUUCGCAAUCGAAACAUAGAUCGAAUAUUUCCGUUUUUCGUCAAACGAUAGACAUGUGACGAAACUGAUAAUUGUCCACUAGUCUUUCGAAUGACGAAACGCGAUUUCGCUAUACGUCUAUAUUAUAAACCCACGCGUAACUGACUUAUCUGUACUUUAUGAAUAUUGAGAAACGAACGAAACGGUCAGUCGGUAUCGUGUUUUGGUACUGGUGUUCAUGUGUGAAAAGAUCAUCGAGCUCGCGAGAGGCACACUGUCGAGUGGUGAUCGAUUCCCGGCUAAAAGAGAUCGAGGAUCAUUCUUCGAGAAAAAGGCGAUAAAUGUGUCCAAAGCGGGGAUCGUGGUCGAUAAGUUACCGAGGCAAGAGAGGAAGAGGAAGAAACGGCCAAUAAUCAUUAGUGAAGUUUCGAUCUAGCUCGACCUAACCUCUUUCUUUCUCCUCGUCUCGUUUUUUUUCUCCCCUUUUGCCUCUAUCCUGUCUCCUUUCGUCGAUCUGCCCAUUUCUCGACCUUCGCCACAUCGUUUUAAUUUUCGUAUUCAGUGUCGUGCACGAUUUUCGAUCAAUUGAAGAUCCAACAUGGCAUCAUCGUCGAUCAUCGAGGGAAGCGACGAGUAUGGUUUGGGAUAUCAAAACACGUUGGUUACACCGCACCACCUCGUCCUAGACCUUAUUUACAACGCGCAGAAUUGUUACACAAUUGCUCGAUCUUUCUCCUUCCUCCGCGAAGUUGAAAUCUGUCCGGUGGGAAAAUUUAUCCCGCAGGAAGAGGAAAGAAGGAAGGAAGGAAGGAAGGAAGGAAGGAAGGGAGAAUUCGAGGAAGAAAGGCCGGAGGAGGAAGGGUUGAACAGGAAGAAACGAUUGGACGGACGAUCUUGUCGAAAAUGCGAUUGUGUCGUAUGCAGUGUUGACGCAUCAUCACGAGAAGAUGUAUGGUCGCUACACGAAGGAUCUGGGUGAAUACGCAAAAGAAGAGGCACGGAAGCUCAAGUACGAGAAAACACGGCGGAAAUACGAAAGCAGGGAGGAGGAUCUGCGGAAGUCGAGAAGAGGACCCCUUUGCAGGAAGUUGAUCGCGUUAUUGGCUUUCGCGUGGAAGCACACGGGAGCUAGGUUAGGGGAGGAUUGGGUGUUCUUGGCCCUCCUUGGAAUAAUUAUGGCGCUCAUCAGUUAUGCCAUGGACCGUGGCAUUUCUAUGUGUAACAACGCCAGGAUAUGGCUUUAUCAGGAUCUGACGCACCAUCCGGCGCUUCAAUAUCUCGCCUGGGUGUCCUUGCCGGUUUGCCUGAUCCUCUUCAGCGCCGGCUUCGUGCACAUCGUUGCACCGCAGAGCAUAGGAUCCGGCAUUCCGGAGAUGAAAACGAUCCUACGUGGGGUGGCCUUGAAGGAGUAUCUCACCUUUCGUACGCUCGUAGCGAAGGUGAUAGGUCUGACCGCGACCCUGGGCUCCGGUCUGCCGCUGGGCAAGGAAGGUCCAUUCGUGCACAUCGCGAGCAUAGUGGCCACCCUUUUGUCCAAAUUGGUGACGAGUUUCCAAGGGAUCUACGAGAACGAGAGCAGGAACUGCGAGAUGCUCGCCGCGGCGUGCGCCGUAGGGGUGGCAGCCUGUUUCGCGGCCCCUAUCGGCGGCGUCCUGUUCAGCAUCGAGGUAACCACGGUGUAUUUCGCGGUGAGAAAUUAUUGGAGGGGGUUCUUCGCGGCUGUUUGCGGAGCAACCAUGUUCCGUCUGCUCGCUAUCUGGUUCCAACGAGAGGAAACGAUCACGGCGAUGUUCGCGACCAAUUUCACCAUGGACUUCCCCUUCGACCCCCAAGAGUUGUUCGUGUUCGCGUUGAUCGGGGUCGGAAGCGGUAUAGGGGGCGCUUUCUACGUCUGGCUGCACAGGCAAUACGUGAUCUUCAUGAGGAAGAACAAAAGUAUGAACAGCUUUCUGCAGAAAAAUCGCUUCUUGUACCCUGGAAUCGUCUCCUUGCUCGUCUCGUCCGUUUCAUUCCCCCUGGGACUAGGCCAGUUCAUGGCCGGUGAUUUGAAUACUCACGAUCAAGUGUACGGUUUGUUCACCAAUUUCACUUGGACCAAGCAAGAGUUGGGGGUUGAAGAAAUGAACAUAGUGAAGCAUUGGUCCACCGUGUAUACCGACGUGUUCAUCGGUUUGAUCGGUUUCGUUGCGUUCACGUUCAUCUUCUCGAUCAUAAGCUCCACGGUUCCCGUGCCAUCGGGAAUUUUCAUCCCCGUGUUCAAGAUUGGCGCCGCUCUUGGCAGAGCAAUGGGCGAAGCCAUGGCUCUGUGGUUUCCCAACGGCGUUCGUUACGGCGGUAUCAUAACGCCUAUCGUACCAGGAGGCUACGCUACCGUUGGGGCAGCUGCAUUUUCCGGUGCUGUGACCCAUACGAUAUCCGUGAGCGUUAUCGUGUUCGAGAUGACCGGUCAGAUCACUCACAUCGUCCCAAUCAUGAUCGCCGUGUUGAUCAGCAACGCCAUUGCCGCCCUUCUUCAGCCCAGCAUAUACGACAGUAUCAUUUUGAUCAAGAAGCUGCCCUAUCUUCCAGACUUAUUGCCAUCCAGUUCAGGAAUGUACAACGUGUACGUGGAAGAUUUUAUGGUUCGUGACGUAAAGUAUAUCUGGCAUGGAAUCUCGUAUCAGAGGUUGAAAGAAAUUUUAAAGGAAAACCGCAAGCUUCGCGGUUUUCCCCUGGUCGACAAUCCCGACUCGAUGAUCCUGCUUGGAUCUAUCCAGAGAUUGGAGUUAAUCAAGCUGAUCGAGAAGCACAUAGGCCGCGAAAGGAGGUUGCAGGUGGCACAAAAGUGGCACAAGGAGGCCGAAGAGAGGGCGCGGGAGGAAAUGGAACGACAAUUGAGGGAUCAGGAGAGGACGAGGCGACCGUCCAGGUUCGAAGUGAUCCCUGCUCCGGAUAUUCUCAAGAUGCAGAGGCAAAGUGCUAACGAUUUAACGAUGUCUCCAAACAACGGUGCCGCUUCUGAUCACCACACCUACCAUUCCCCGAUAUUUGGCUCGCAACCGAAGAAAUCGAUCUUGAAGAAGACCAAUUCCUUCACGUUGAAAGGAUUCAGCCCGUUGGUGAGCCCUGCUGCUACUCCUUACACCACUGUGACCGGUGCGGAGAGCAGGAUCCGUCUUGCCUUCGAGGCGAUCUUCCGCAAGUCAGCCACUUUGCAAGACGUGGAUCCAGAUCCAGAGAUAGGAGCCGGUGCUGGUGUCAGGCGUGACAGUCAAGAGGUGCCGCCGCACACUCCGAUGCUGGCUCCAAGUCCUGCCACCUCGAAGAAAGUACAACUGCCUCGCGAGAGGGUGAUAGACAUGUCGGCAGAGGAUCAGAAACGAUGGGAGGAAAGCGAAAUGUCGUUGGAGGUGGAUUUCUCGAGGUGUCACAUCGAUCCAGCACCCUUCCAAUUGGUCGAGCGAACAUCUUUGUUGAAGGUUCACAGUCUGUUCAGCAUGGUGGGGGUGAAUCACGCUUACGUGACGGCUAUCGGGAGGCUGGUCGGGGUUGUAGGAUUGAAAGAGCUGAGGAAAGCGAUAGAGGACGCCAACGCUGGAAUCUUGCCCAUGCAUUGUGAAUCCCACAUAGGCGUAUCCACGUCGAGCAUAGCCAAGAGCGAAACGGACACGGAAAGCAAGAAUGUCAGCACGAUGAACUCUAUUGCUUCCGUUGAUUGCGAGAAAGUCGAAAAAGUCUGAGUGAAAGUGAGAGAGAGAGAGAGAGAGAGAGAGAGAGAGAGAGAGAGAGAGAGAGAGAGAAGAGAAAGGAGGGAAAUGAGAGAUGGGCAAGGAAGGGAGAUACGUAGAAGCAAAAAUGUGAUAGUUAUAUUGUCAGAAUUGGCAAUAUGACCCGAACGAGAGACGUGUUUUUCUUUUC